CUGCUGGGUCCUACUAAGGCAUGGUCGCGUGUAGCUCCUAUGAGGCCUCUGCUGCCGGUCGGCGAUGUCCGCCUGGAGCUGCCGCCUUCGCCGCCGCUGCCGCUGCCGGUUGUGAGCGGGUCUCCGGUCGACUCGUCUGGGCGUCUCAUGGCCGCUAGCAAAUCCCUGGUGCCAGACCGGCUGCGCCUGCCGCUCUGCUUCUUGGGUGUCUUUGUCUGCUAUUUCUACUAUGGGAUCCUGCAGGAGAAGAUAACAAGAGGAAAGUAUGGAGAGGGAGCCAAACAGGAGACGUUCACCUUUGCCUUAACUUUGGUCUUCAUCCAGUGUGUGAUCAAUGCUAUGUUUGCCAAGAUCUUGAUCCAGUUUUUUGACACUGCCAGGGUGGAUCGUACUCGGAGCUGGCUCUAUGCCGCCUGUUCUGUCUCCUAUCUGGGUGCCAUGGUCUCCAGCAACUCAGCACUACAGUUUGUCAACUACCCAACUCAGGUCCUUGGUAAAUCCUGCAAGCCAAUCCCAGUCAUGCUCCUCGGGGUGACUCUUUUGAAGAAGAAGUACCCAUUGGCCAAGUACCUAUGUGUGUUGCUAAUUGUGGCUGGAGUGGCCCUUUUCAUGUACAAACCCAAGAAAGUAGUUGGAAUGGAAGAACAUACAAUUGGCUAUGGAGAGCUGCUCCUGCUCUUGUCUUUGACCCUGGAUGGACUGACAGGUGUUUCCCAGGACCACAUGCGAGCUCAUUACCAAACAGGCUCCAACCACAUGAUGUUGAACAUUAACCUUUGGUCGACAUUGCUACUGGGAGGUGGAAUCCUGUUCACUGGGGAGCUCUGGGAGUUCUUGAGCUUUGCUGAAAAGUACCCAGUUGUCAUCUAUAACAUCGUGCUCUUUGGCUUGACCAGUGCCCUGGGUCAGAGUUUCAUCUUCAUGACAGUUGUUUAUUUUGGUCCCCUGACUUGCUCUAUCAUCACCACAACUCGGAAGUUCUUCACAAUUUUGGCCUCUGUGAUCCUCUUCGCCAACCCCAUCAGCUCCAUGCAGUGGGUGGGCACUAUACUUGUGUUCUUAGGUUUGGGUCUUGAUGCCAAGUUUGGGAAAGGAGCAAAGAAGACAUCCCACUAGCAAGAGAGAGACUACCUUCACUCCAAGAACACUUUGGUUGCUCUCUCCAGUAGUGACAUCUCUUGGGAGAAUGGACUUUAGUAAUGAUAAGGGACUGGGUUCUGUCUUUAAAAAAAAGAAAAAGAAAAGCCACAAAAUCAUAUAUUAUGAAAAAAGAAAAGAAAAGGAAGAGAAAAAGAGGGAGGGGCAUCUGGAUUUUAACGUGGGAAGUUUCUGUUCCUGAUGACCUGGAGUACAAUCUAAAGCAAAUAAAGAGAGGAAGAGGCAGAGCUUGAA